CCUAUCACUGCUUAAUCUUCACCUUGAAAAUGUUAUUAUCAUGUUUGUACAAACGCAUUCAUAUGUCUAUAUAUAUAUAGAUAGAUAUGCAUGUGUAUGAUUUUAGAUAUAUGCAUAGAGAAAGUGAUUUCAUUGAUUGACUACUUUUGAGGGAAAUGAGCUGAAGCUACAAACUUUCAUACUAUGUAUUAACGGAGCGUAUUUUGAGACACUCAACGUAGGAGGCAGCGAGCACUUUGCCAUUUCAGCUGCAUAGAGAGAACACAAAUUAUUUUACUAUCAUACUACUUUCUUACACAACUUACUUUUUAAAGAUUAAUUACAUCAAAAAGAAUAAUAAUCUUUAAGGUAAUAUAUAUAAGUGAAGUGACAAUCUUUCAUUUUUAUACAUUAUCUAAAAAAAGUAAACAUUUCCCCGAAGAGAGAAAGUGAAAAGUUCCAGUAACCACGCGCCGUAUUUAUCUAAGUUAGCAGCGGAUUCGAAUUCGGAUUUCUUAUGGAUUCACGGAACGCCUUGUACCACCCGAUAACAUACGCGUGGUUACUGUUCUUAUUGUUUUUUUUGGUGUAACUGUUCUUAUUGUUAAGAACCACUAAAUAUAUUGUUUCCCCAAUGGGAGUGGGAAAAUGCUGGUUUAUACAUUAUCUAUAUACAUUAUUAAUAGUUAAUCACUGAAAUAUGUUAAUUGUGAAAGAGAUAAGACUUUUGAAAAUUCGUAAAGAUUGUUAUAUACUUUAUUUUGUGUUAUGUUGUCCCAAGGUGUUCAGCUACCCAUUGUUUUUUUUCUCAACCUCAAUUAAAACUUAAUCAAUUAAUAAUGUGUAGCUAUGUUUGUAUAAACUAUAAACUAAUGUUUUAGUUGAGAGUUGUUGAGUAGAAGAAAAAGAUGAACAAUGGAAAAACUAAAUGAAGUAAUAAAUUAAAAGACGAUUAAUAUUUAGGCAAUGGAUACUAUGAUAACGAGGUGGCUCGAACUUGAAAGAAAGGUGUAUUGGUUACUUUUGCCAUGAUGAGUCAUGGAAAUAUAGUUACAUUACUAUUUACUAAUUUGGCUACAACUAGUAACAUUCAGUUAUUCUGCUCGGAUUAAUUAAAAAUAAGUUGCAUACGUGUAUGCUUUAUAAUAUACUAUGAUCUGCCAAUUACUGUGUUAAUUUGUUAUUAUUUUAGUGAGUUGAACAAGUACUUGUUCUUAUAGAAUUAUCUACAAUAAAUAUGACAAAAACUUAAUAUUCUAUUCAAGUAUUUGAUAAAAGCAUUUUUCAAAAAAAAAAGUAUUUGAUAAAAGCUAUGCAAAUGCCAAAUUCUAUGUUAUUCCCUCUUGAAUUUUGAAAGGAUCUUUUUUUUUAUCAAAAACAAAUUGUCAUAUUAUCGUUAUUUAAUAAACCAUGUAUAUAAACGCAUAUUGUACAUUCACCCAGUGUAGUUUUUAAUUCAAUCUCUUUAUUUAUCCAAUUUUUUAAAAAAAAAUGUAUGGCAAGAGUAUCCUAUUAUUCUUUUUUUAAACAGUAUCCUAUUAUUCAAUAGUAGCAAAUUGAUCAUAAAUCUCUUGUAUGUCAUUGUUUAGAUAUUCGGCGAGGUGGUUUGAUUAAAUAUUCAUAUUCUCUUCUUACCAAAAAGAAUGAAGUUCAAAGAAAACACUACUCAUUUUUUUUUUGUCAAACAAAACACUACUCAUUUUAAUCCAAUAAAUACAGCGUAGAUAUUAUAUUAUUUUGUUUUUAUAUUCAAGAAAACCUUAUGAUUCAACUUUCGAGAUAAAAAUAUUGUAAUGGGAAAACGAUCGUGCGCUCCAUUUGUUGAACCUCGGCGCUCGACCCCACACAUCAAUUAUAACGCUAACUAAAUUUUUUAUAUAAAAUGAUAGGUUUAAAGAAAAUUAUCUUAGAGUGUGACUGGCAUUAAAAAAAAGUAAAAACAGAGCCCGGAAUAAAUUUUUUAUUUCACUUAACCAAGAGAAAUACAUUACUGUAUUUUUAUUCCACUUUUUUUUUGGGGCUAAAUAAAUAUUUAUUCUGAUUAAACAAAAAUAGUGUAAAUCACCUGAAUAGUUUGUUACUCCAAUUUAUUAUCGUCCAUUGUGUCAUUUAAUCACAUUCUUGACCAACCAAAUAUUGAUGCCAGAAUAAGAAUACCGUGGUAACUUAUUAAAAACUAUAUGUUUAACGAUUUUCUAUGGACUAUGGUUUAAGUUUUUUCUUUUUCCUUAUAAAUUUAAUUUUUUUAUAUUCAUGAGAACUCUAGUAAUGUUAAGUAGUUCAUUUAAUGAUUAUACAAAAUUGGCCAUACGCAUUAUUAUGACAAAAUCUCUGUCAAAGUGUAAGUUAAAAUAAUCUUCUUACCAAAAAAACGUUAAAAAUGUCGAUCGAAAUAAAACCUAGAAUACAUAUUCUAAUCCUAUUUGUAAUAAGACUUUUGUAAUAUAUAUAUAUAUAUAUAUGUAUUAUAUUAGUUAAUAUCUACAUAUGCAUCCACUUGUUAUAUAAGUUAGCUUACAUUACAUCUUUUCUCUUUCUUGCUUAUAGCAUCAUUCUUUGUCGUGUUCUUUUAUUUAACCUUUCUUUGUCUUGUGUUUCCUCACAACACUUUGUAAAAGUGUUUUAAAAUCAAGAUCUGAAAAUCUUAUCUCCUCUAUUAGAAUUUGCUAAUCUUCUCGUUCUAAACAAUCACUUAUAUUUCUAUAGGGCUUCCCUUUUGGAAUAUAUAAUCAGAUACAAUCUAUUUAGGGUUUUAAUGGCGAAUCCAUGGUGGACAGGACAAGUGAAUCUCUCCGGCCUCGAAACGACGCCGCCGAGUUCCUCUCAGUUAAAGACACCAGAUCUCCACAUCUCCAUGAAUAUGGCCAUGGACUCAGGUCAUAACAACCACCACCAUCAUCACCAAGAAGUCAACACCAACAACAACAACGAAGACGAUAGAGACAACUUGAGCGGCGACGACCACGAGCCACGUGAAGGAGCCGUGGAAGCUCCCACGCGCCGACCACGUGGACGUCCUGCUGGUUCCAAGAACAAACCAAAGCCACCAAUCUUUGUCACGCGUGACUCUCCAAACGCUCUCAAGAGCCAUGUCAUGGAGAUCGCUAGUGGGACUGACGUCAUCGAAACCCUAGCUACUUUCGCUAGGCGGCGCCAACGUGGCAUCUGCAUCUUGAGCGGUAACGGCACGGUGGCUAACGUCACACUCCGUCAACCAUCAGUGGCUCCCGUUGCAGCUGCCCCUGGUGGUGCGGCUGUAUUGGCGUUACAAGGGAGGUUUGAGAUUCUUUCUCUAACCGGUUCUUUCUUACCUGGACCGGCUCCACCUGGAUCCACUGGUUUAACUAUUUACUUAGCUGGUGGUCAAGGUCAGGUUGUUGGAGGAAGCGUGGUGGGGCCAUUGAUGGCUGCUGGUCCGGUGAUGCUAAUCGCUGCCACGUUUUCUAAUGCGACUUAUGAGAGAUUACCUUUGGAUGAGGAAGAAGCGGCUGAAAGAGGUGGCGGUGGAAGCGACGGAGGAGUGGUUCCAGGGCAGCUCGGGGGCGUAGGUUCCCCGCUGAGUAGUGGUGGCGGUGGAGGCCAUGGGAACCAAGGACUUCCCGCGUAUAAUAUGCCCGGAAAUCUUGCUUCUAAUGGCGGUGGAGGAGGACAGAUGAGCGGCCAAGAAGCUUACGGUUGGGCUCAAGCUAGGUCAGGAUUUUAACGUUAAGAUGGCUUUUUAUUUACAGCAGUUAACAAUAAAUAAUUACGUUGAUGUCUAUUAUGAUAAUGAUGAUGAAAACUAGUUGCUACCAGUGAGCUAUAUAGUGUGUGGGUACAUUAUAUUAUGUUCUCUUGACUAUAUUAUAUAUGCUAAAUUUCACUUACUUGUGUGUGGUUUAUGAUCUUUUAUUAGAAGAUUUUCUCUUUGUUGGAUUCUUCAUUUGUUUUUAUAAUGAAGUUAUGUGUGCAUAUAUGUAUGUGACUGAUCCUGAUUGAAUCUUUAAAGUUGGUCAUGUUUUCCAUGUAUAUGAAUAGCACUAUAUAGGCUAUAUAUAAUUGGUUUUAUUUUGUAUGUUUGCAUGCAUUUAUUGACACCUGAUUGACAAUUAACAACAAGCCUUACACUCACCUGGCCUCGUUUAAAAUAAGUUGGUUUAAUUUUGCUACAAUUUAUCUA